AUGUCCCCCAACGUGCCCGAGAAGUCAACAAUCCCAGCCGAGGUAGCAUUUGCCAAUGAUGCCGAGCCAUUCGUUCCGAAACCCUUGAUCAACGACCUGCUACGUACCCGCUACUGCAUCCUCGGUUCCAUUUUCCUUGUCGAAGGCGUCGAGUCCCUCCCUGUGCCACGGUCGAAGAGAUGGAGGGCCAUACGGUUGAUGCUGGGGGAUGGUGAGCUCUGUAUACAGGCUCUUCUUCGUGGAGAGAUGCAUCGUUUCCUAGACACUGGAGCUAUCCGCGUCGGCUGCUACGUCCGCCUGGGGGAAUUCUCGAUUCGUCUCCAGGACCUUGUCGGUGACGGCGAUCGAUCUGAAGGGACGAGGCAGAUGGUAUACCUCGUUGUUCACGAUCUGGUCACUGUUGGAUGGCAUAAAGCUCUCACAGAACCCGACGCAGUACCUCCAGCACUCCCAGAACACAAAGUCGAGGAGGAUAUUGUCUCUGAUAGCGACGUGGAAUCUGCUGACGAUGAAGAUGAAGAGGGAUUCGAGGUUAUGCAAGUGUCGGAGACAAAGGCAACACAACGCAGGGUGCAGGCCAGGAAUAAGGGAGGCCCUGUGGCCUUGCCACGCGACUGGACGGACCCGAACAUGCCACUGAAGCUGACUUCUCUACGAUCUAUCCCGAACUUGCCCUACAAGCAAAAUUGGUCUGUCAACGUUCUCGCAGUCGUCGCCUCUCUUUCCGAAAUCGAACCGUCCCACAUGCCGCCUCACCAUACACAACGAACUGCUCGACUUGUCGACCCUAGCACUAGCAAACAAGUCAUCUUGACCGUGUUUCUCGACGCUGAGGCCUUCGCCCCCAAGAUUGGAAGUGUCAUACUCCUCGUCGGUGUCAAGAACCAUCGGUUUGAUGGUGGCUGCCUCAAGAAAUAUGUCAGCGACAAGCCUAAACCCGGCAAUAGGUGGUGGUUCGAAGAGCCCCGACAGUUUGACUGGUGCGACGUGAACGGGCUGAAGCAGUGGUGGCAGCAGUCGGGUUUACAAGGAACUGCGCUCAAGGCGCAUGACUCGGGAGGGACACACUUGAUCCAUACGCAUGAUGCCGAAUGA